AUACAAUAACCAGGAUCUGAGGUUGCCAAGCCUAAUGAUGUGUAUGGCCCAAAACCCAAAUCUUACACCAAGAAAGAUGGGUAUAGCCCAAAACCAGAAUCUGACGUUGUCAAGAGUGAUGAUUCCUGUAGCCCAAAACCAUGCUUUGACAAGCCAGGUUAUGGGUAUGGCUUGAAACCGGAAAAUCCAAUCCAAAUUGGCGUUGAAGGGCUUGUUCCAUGCAAAUCGGGCUCCAGCUAUGUCCCUGUCGAAGGAGCUGUGGCAAGGAUAACGUGUUCAGCUUUGGAUCAGAAUGGGUACGAGACAACAUCUUUCUCCUGUCUGACCAGUGCAACUGAUGCAAAGGGAUACUUCUUCAAGACACUGUCUCUUUUAGGACUUGAAGACAAUUUGAAGGUCAGGGACUGCAAAGUUAAGCUCGAAAAAUCUCCAUUGGAAACCUGUAAUAUCCCUACAGGUGUCAACAAGGGCAUUACUGGUGCUCUCCUUUCUUCUUACCGUAUCCUCCAUGACAAGAAGAUCAAGUUAUACUAUGUUGGGCCCUUCUUCCACACUUCGGAGCCUAAACCAACUCCUGCUGGUUACUGAAAUUUACUUUGCAUGGCUAAACAUCGACCGUUUAUGUUCUGGAUUAAGCUUUUGGAACGGAAAUUGAUUUGAUUCUUAUUUGUUUGUUGGUGAUUGUUGUAAUUGUUGGUUUUUUCCAUUUGCAUUUAGAAAUUUGUAUUACAUUUUUGUUCUGAUUUUUAUUAAUUAAGAAGUUGAGCAUUAUUUUUAUAUUUUUUGUUUUGAAAUAUUCUGUCUUAUGAUAUAUUCAUGGAAAAUGAUUUAGUUACUUACAUUCAACAAAUGUAUAUAAUACUAAAUAAACAUAUACAUACAUAUUAAAUAUUAAAGAAAACUAAAUAUUCAUUAAUUAGAUUCUACAAAUUAAUAAAUUCUGUCCUUUUUACAAACUCCGAAAUCGAUACUGCAAUUCUUCCAAUGUCAAGAGCCCACUAGCAGUAGCACUCCCUUCUUUUUAUUAUUAUUAUUUUUAUUAUUUUAUUUUCUCCUUAAUAUCAACAUAAAAUCCUCGACUCUUCUGGAUUCAUGUGAGAAACGUUGAAUAUUACACACUACUGCAUAACCAGAGUACUGCACCCAAAACAAAAGAAAAGAACAUCAGGCAUGGAGAAGCGCCACGGUGAACAAGGCAAAAGGAAGGCUCAAAUUGUCUCAGGUAGUGGAGGUGAUAUAGGGGGGCUGGUUGUGUGGGGUGGAGCUUUGGCUUUUGCAGGUUUGGCUGCAGCCUUUGCUUUACACAAAGGUAGAAGAAGAGGUGCAAAUGAGAUGAGCAGCCGCCGGCAGAAAGAAGACCAAACAAGUCAAGGGCUGCGGUUCGUCCUUCAAACUUCAUGUCCAUCUUUUCAUUGCAAUCCAUGGUUAAGAGUUCAAGAUACAAAGAUACAGAAAAUUCAGCCUCCUUGUGUUUUGAUUUUAUUUGAUUAUGUAUUGCUUUCUUUAUUUCAUUUGUAUAUACAACUGAGAAUAAUGUUGUUGUUCAGCUGCGCAAGCAAUGGAUCAACAAAGAUGGUUGCAACCCCGAUUGAUUCUUCCGAGUUCGUCUCUACUGAAAGUUUGAUCUUGGUAAUUUAUCCCUUUCCACACCUGAUCCAUCAGGAUUACAUCUACAUGUCAAUUAUAUUGUAGCAAGAUGGAAAUGAACAUACAUAGAUUAUAGUAUAUCUUCUGAUUA